AUGAAGGCAGCUCUGCUCACAGGCUCGACGACAGCGUUGGUAGCAGCGUUGGCGAUCUCGUCGACAUGGGCUGCACCUCUGGAAAAGCGUCUGGCCAUGGUUUUGUCUCUUGAAGCAUCACCAACGGUUCCUUUGAUCAACCUCGACGAUCUUGUUCCGUCACCUACUAUUCCACCCAUCGCAGGCGAGAUUGUCAGCAUCAUCACCUCGGUCGUCGACGGUGUGACGAGCUUGAUACCCACGACUAUUCCGUCGCCCUCGUUGCCUGCGGCGCUGCAAGACUUGGUUCCGGACGCUACCAUGUCUAUCAACGUGAAUGUACCUACACCUACAGUUCCUCCUGAGGCCGAGGUGCUAGCGCAUCUGGCUCAGGGAGCUCUCAACGCGAUCCCCACAAUGCUGAUGAAGAACCUGGCCCAAAUCCAGAGCGACCUCAGCUCUGCGCUUGCUGUCGCUGCCACGGCCACUCCGACACCCGUGGUGUACGUGACGAAAGAUGAUGCAGGUCUCGAUGUCACGAGGACGUCGAGCGCCACCAUCGCAGCGUUUGCAACACAAGGUGUCAUCAAUCCCUGGUCGAUUCUUGCCAACGCUCUGCCGCAACCCACUGAUGUAGUGCAAGAGGUCACCUCGGUGAUCGGUGGCGUCACAUCGAUUCUCAAGGUGCCUGCUCUACCGAAGCCGACAGAUCUGCUGCCGCUGCUCAACUCGGCACAGCUGCCUCAGAUCGACAUUCCGGGUCUGUUGGGUGACAAGCAACAUCUCUGCAUCAAGGACGACAAUGGAAACCAGAUCGGACUCUGCCCGAAUGGUCCACUGAUCAACGACAGCGAGACAAUCGUUAUCUGA